UCACUGAUCUCCACUAGGAGGAGGUCAGUGCUUUCGGUUUCUGUUCUGAACACCAAUGCGCGUGCAGUGUAACGAGAUGGCGUCAAGUUGUUGGCGUGCGCUCCCGAAAGGUGUGCGAAAUGUUUUGAAUAGGCAUCGGCACGGUGGCAACCAGCGUCCGUUGUGUACCACAGUCCCCCCAACUGCUGAGCAGAUAACCAGGGUGCCACUCUCACAGCCCCUACCAUGCUUUCCCAAGCCAGUAUAUGCCGUGCCCUCUGCUCAUGAUCAUGCCACCGAGGUCACCACCCUCGACAAUGGACUCCGGGUGGCCUCGCAAAACAAGUUCGGCCAGUUUUGCACCGUGGGUGGUACCAUUGGAUGUACAAUGCUACUGCAUACAACCAUGCGUAUGGCGACUCUGGCGUCUUCUGCAUUCAUGCCAGUGCGGACCCUUCUCAGCUUCGAGACGUGGUGAAUGUCAUUGUCCGGGAAUUCUCAGGCAUGGCUGGGAAAGUGGCUCAUAUGGAGCUGGAGCGGGCCAAGACACAGCUUCAGUCGAUGCUGCUGAUGAACCUGGAAGCUCGUCCGGUCAUGUUUGAGGACAUAGGACGCCAAGUUCUUGCCAGUGGUCAUCGCAAAGAUGCCGACUACUACAUUUCGGAAAUAAGUAAAAUCAAGGUGGAGGACAUAGAGCGUGUGGUGCAGCGCAUGCUUCGAUCUCGAGCAUCGGUGGCCGCCUUGGGCAACCUGCAGUGCCUUCCGGCGCUGGAAGACAUCGAGACAGCCCUGCUGAGUAAAGAUGGUGCACUGCCUCCACGCCGAUUUUCACUAUUCGGACGCUGACUGUUCGCGCAUCCAA